UAUUUCUCGAAACGUCUUUCUAUUUUGCCGACUUCAAAUAAUUUCCUCAACCGGGCCAAUGAAUACUUAAUUUACUUGCAGGGUGCCACAAAUAUUCAACAAGCAGUGUAUUAUAAUCAGAAAGCGCGUCAGAAGAAAAUGCUUCUUUUCGCGUUCGUGGUGAUUCUUUUCCUUAUCAUUGGGCUGACAAUCUAUCUUGCACGCUAA